AUGUCCACAACGUCGAAAUCAAACGAAUCUUUAAUUGUCAUUGUUGCUGGCGGUGGACCCGUUGGUUUAACAUUCUCUCUUCACUUAGCUAUGAUGAUGGGUAAACAAGCGCAAAUAAUCAUACACGAAGGGCGCUGGUAUGUAGACAAAUAUGGUAAAACUACUUGGCAAGAUAAAGAGCAGGGAAAACAACGUCGUGACCAAGUUGUCACAUUACAAGAUCAUGUCAUUGAACAAAUGCCCAGCUAUAUUCAAGACGGACUUUUCAAAAAUAUUAACGAACGCGUAUGGCCAACAUCGAGAAAUAUUCCUAUUCGAGAAGUUGAAGAUCGUCUUUUCGAUUUGAUUCAACCAUUUGUACAAAGCGGUCAAGUUAAAUUGGUACCUGAAGAUUUACAAGAACAGUCCAAAUGUCUUAUUGAUGGUGACUUCGACAUUUUAGUCGGUGCUGAUGGAUCAAAUUCGUUUGUUCGAAAUUAUUGUAACAUUAAAAUGAUUAGUGAAGGUGUCGAAUAUGCCUGUGGUGUUGCUUAUAACAUAUUGGACAAAGUACCUCCGUCGGAAGAGCCACUUCACCAAGGUUUGAAUUGUAUUCUGACGGUUUCUCAAACACGUUACUUGGUCAAUUCAUCGACAAGUCGUCGUGGCUAUCUAAAUAUUCGUCUCAUUCAAGAUGAAUACUCUGCAUUACGACAAUGUCUAAAUGAUUUUCAAACCCGUAAUGAAUCACUGGACUUGUCGGAUUAUAACAAAUGUCCUCAAUCGCCUGUGUGGAAUAUUAUUCGUCAAGGUUUAGACUUCUUUAAAAUUCCGUCAAAAUAUGUCUUUCGUGUUGUACCGAUCGAAAUCAAUGUUCGCCAUGCAUCGAUCGUCGUUCGAGAACUUCGCUUCGAAGUCAAAGACUCGGAAAAUGCAGCAACAACGGCAACCGACACGGAUGAGAAGAAAUACAAAACCGCACUAGCUUUCCUUGUUGGUGAUGCUGCUAUGAAUGUACAUUUCUGGCCAGGACGAGGUAUGAAUAGUGGAAUGAAAGGUGCAAUUGCACUGGCGCGUAAUAUUCUUCGAACAUGUACAACACAAAAUGCGAUUAACAUACGAAAGCCGUUACGUUUCCUAGAUUUUAUUGAUUACGAAGGUUUUAUGGCACGUCUUCGUGCACGUGAACAACAAGGUCGCUCAUUGCGUGUGUUAAUUAACCCCAUUGAUCAAUACAUCGAAGCGUCGUAUUCGUAUGCUCACACGUCUCAUUGUUAUGUAAAAUAUAAAACUAAAUUGAUCGCAAAAUUACAAGAAGCUCGAGAGCGUUUGCAAGAACGUCCUGAUUGGCCACACAAAGCCAGUCCCAUAACCGAUGAUCAGUUACAAUCAGCUUCGAAUCGUGUAGCUCCGCACGCUGUUGCUCAAUUAUCAUUAGCGAAUCCAUGGCCAACACGAGAAAUGAGUGGCGCUGAAGUUCUCGUUGAACAUACAUUUCCGUAUGAUGCACGAAAUUUUCUUCCAGUACCAAAAAUAAAUCUCAUAGCUAGCUUCGAACAAACACCCUCGAUAAUUCUUCGAUAUCGAUAUUUAAUCUUAUGGAUUGUUGGUCAUGAAAAAUCCCAGCAACUUGAUACUCUUGUUGAAGAUAUUCAGACGUCACCAAAUUAUAGUAAGGCAUCAAUAGACGCAAACGAAAAUCAUCACCAAUUGGCUGUCGUUCGCAAUAUCGAAGAAGCAGUCGCUUGGAUGAGAGCGAAUCGGGAAGAUAUUCGAAAGAAAGAGACUUUAUUCAAAGUGGUCACUGUUUGGCAGAUCAAAGCGAACGAAACAGCCGUAGACGCAAUUCGAGCAGUUCGCUCGGAAUCAUCGCGUGUGCCAAUUCUGAUUUUUACUAGUAAACACGAAACUGCUCAGGCGGCACUCGAGUUUCCUAAUGUAAUGACAAGUGACAUGGAAUAUGAAUUAAAGGAAUUUGUUGGAGUCAAACAAGAAGCACAAUGGAAUCCUGGUUGUCAAGUCAAUCAAUUACAAAAGUUAGAGGCUUUAUCGCCAACAACGAAGUAUAGUUCAGAAGCGAACGAUCAGACAAAAUUUUCAUCAACGCCCUACCCAACACUUGAUAAUGUCGGAUCUAUGCCACCUCUACCAUCUGAUCUGCUAUCAUUACGCUCCCUAUCAAUAAGCAUCCCAAAGAUAGUCUGGAUUGACGCACAAGAAAAUAAUACUCGUGUUAUCGAAGAAAUUCGUAAAAACAUUCCUUCGGUAGAAAUCGAGUUUUGUCGAACAUUCGAAGACGCUAAAUCAUUGAUAACUCAACAAGAACGUCAGAUGGAAAGUCGAUCAAAGUUUAUUGUUAUUUGUCGAGGUUACUUUCCUAGUGAACAAAAAGGUUUCAAAGAUGUAGCUCAAAUGCUCGAGAAUCUAAAUCUUCAAGCUGUACCAAUGGGAGUUUAUACUAGCAAUCGAGAGCAUCUACUGCAAAAGACACCAGAUCCGCCGUCCAGAGUACAAAUCUUCGAUCGGCCAAGAGAACUUCUGACUUUUGUUUAUCACCAUCUGAAGCAGUGA